CCACAACGAUGCUCAAGCAUUACCUGAACGAAGCGAAGCUCAAGCUUAAGGACGAGGCAUAUGAAGAUGCGCUGGAUGCCAGCUCCAAAGCGUUGGAUUUGGACGGCAUGAACUUUCAGGCUCUUAUGGUCAAGGGCAAGUGCCUCGUCCACUUGCAGAACGCAACAUUGGCUGAAACCACGUAUCGUCGCGCCGUCGAACUUCAGCCUGAGAUGCCACUUGUGUGGAAGGGACUGCUGGAAGUGUAUGAGAUGACAAAUGCUCAUGCAAAAGCGAUCGAACCAUUGGAAAAAUUGUCUGCGAUCUUGAUCAAGAACGAAAAGUGGGAUCGAUGUCAAAAGGUCGUCUCCGACCUUGCCACGACCGCCACAGCCGCGUCACUCGUCCCUAAAGCUCUGAAUGCAUGGCAUCCACUCGUGGUGUCCGUGGCCGACAAACCCGCGCUCUUCCUCGGCGCGUUUCCCAAUGCAGACGUCCCGUCCGAAAUUCAAAUUUGGAUUUCCGUGUUACACUUGGUCCAAACGCAUCGCACGGUCGGGCCUUUCCACAGUGUCGACAUCAUCUUGGACAACAUUGUGCGGUUGGUCCCGUCCUUGUCUUGGGCCGACGAAGAUAUCCAACAAGAUGAAGACGCUGCGAAGAACAUGCCGUGGGCUCCCCCUUCCGCGGCGGCGAGCCUGCGCUCUGAUGUUGCGGCCGCCAUUGACAUCGCUGUGGACAAUGCGUGGAGAAAGGUGAAGCAAGCCCCAUGUGAUGCCAAACCAGCCGCGCGACAAGCGUUGGACGCGCUGGCCGCACACUUGACCCGUGCGUGUCCGCGCGCCAAACGCGCGGCGGAAGUGCGCCUGCUUCGAAUCGAAGAUAACGAUUCCGAAGUGCUGUCUCCUGCCGAAGAGGAGCAAUGUCUGGCGGUGCUCAAAUCAACUGCGUCGAGCACGACGAGUCCAUUGGUGCACCUCUAUCGUGGUCUGGACCAAGCGAACGCUGGACAGUUCCCCGAGGCGGUUGCGAGCAUCCUGCAAGGAGUCGCAAGUAUCCCAGAACACAUUCAAGCUCGAGUCGUGGUAGCGAUGCUGUCGCUCGAGUCCGCCACAUUCGAUCCCCAGCGCUGUCUCGACAUGAUCCGCGCGGCUCAAGAUGCGGUGCAAUGUCGCUUCGACACUCUCGGCACAUCCCCUCGAUCGUAUUCGGACACGGCGAUGAAUCUCCUGCAAGCGAGGGCGCUGAUUGCCCAACACAACUGGGCCAAUGCCAUCAUGGUGUACGAAGGCAUCAUCGAGCACGAACCGUUCCUUCCGGACGCAGUGAUUGGUCUCACGGAAGCGCAUCUUCACCAAAGCAAUCUUGAUGACGCCGCGUCCACGAUGCAGUUCCUUCCACCACAAGAAUCUGCGGCGUAUUGCGCCGCCAAGGGAUGGCUGGCGUACCACCAAGGGGACUUGGCCGCGGCCCAAGCGAUUUUGGAAGCUGGACUGGCAUAUCCUGACGUGACGUGGGCGCUCAAGUACCGCCUGGCGCGGGUGUAUUGGGACUUGGGUGGCGACUUUCAAACGAACAAGGCGUUCUGCGUGGCCCAACUGGUCGGCGCGGCGAAACUCAACCCCCACGAGGCGGUGAUCUUUCGGUGGCUGGGUACGUACUACCUCGAUGUGGCGGCCGACCCUGUUCGAGCGGAGAAGUGUUUUCUCAAAGCGUUAUCGCUGGACCCGUCGUGCCAAGUUUGUGGUCUCGCUUUGACCGACUCGUUGUACGCGACCAACUAUGAGCGCGCCGUGCAGCUGUGGACAGACAUGGCUGCGACGCCCGUCCACGCGCCGUGGGCGCUGCUUCGACUGGCGCAGCACGAUGUCACACAUGGCAACGAAACCGCCAUCGCCCAUCUGCACAAACUGCUGCGCCACGACCCGCACAAUGCGUCGUUGUGGGCCGCGCUCGGCCACGUGUACCAAGUGUUUGGACGCAUUGUGGCCGCGCAAAAGUCGUACGCCAAGUCGUUGUCGUUGGUCGGGAGCCCAGAUGAUGCAACAAAUCUCCCCAGUACUAGUGUGCUGUGUGAACUGGCGCGCAUCGAGCUGUCGUUGGGGUUGCUGGACGAAGCAUUGGCCCAUUUAACCACGGCCGUGGAAGCAGGCGUGACGACGACCUCGAAUGACCAGACCAACGUGGGCGCGGCGGUGCACAAGCUGCUCGCCGAAACUCUGUUUACACAGGCAAAAACGUUGUGUGCACAGGGUUUGUAUGGCCGCAGCCACGACAAGUUGAAGCAGGCGUCGACGGUCCUCUGCACGUACUUGGAUCAAACCUCCCAAAGCGACGAUGACGACAACGAUGCCACCACUAGCCUGUACAAGUUGGUGGGGGACAUCCACCUGUUUGCGUUCUACUUGCCUGUGGACGACACGUGGCUGUCGUUUUUGCAACAAGGCACGGACGCGUACCUGAAAGCGUUGUCGGCGCAACUCCACGACGCCAUGGCGUUGUUCGAUGUGGGCGUGGGCUACUGGGUCCAAGCCCAAGCGCGGGCUUAUCUUCAAAAUGUGCCCAUGGCCAAAUGGAGCUUGCAGCACCAACCGGCGUACCCGCCCGAGACUUUGUCGCCCGUGACGACGGCGCGGUCGUACUUAACGCAGUCGUUGCAAGCGAAUCCCAACGACGCCAACGUGUGGAAUGCGCUGGGCGCGGUGCACGACCACAUCGUGCUCAAGCAGUUUGCAUUUGUCCGAGCGAUCGAGUUGGAGAAUUUGGAUGCGGCAUGGGCCAACCUUGGCAUGCUCUACCUCCAGUCGGGCCAUCUCGCUCUGGCGCAAAAGGCAUUUUUGAGUCUCCAAGGCGUCAACCCCAACCACCCAGCCAUGUGGCUCGGGAAUGGACUGAUGGAGUGCCAAAACCAAGAUCCCGCGCAAGCCCACGCUGCGUUUACUUGUGCGAUGGAGCUGCGCCUGGAUUUGGACAUUUUGCACGGGUUUGCCUACACGGCGCUGUUGAGUCGGACGGGGUCGCUGGACCAGGCGUUGUUUGCCCUGAAAAAGUACAACGAGCGCGAUGCCCGGCAUCCUGCAGCCAUCAACAGCUUGGGCGUGGCGUUGAUGCGCACGGGACUGUUCCAACAAGCAGUCGCCGCGUUUCAAUCGGCGUUGGAGUUGGUGAAAAAUGACGUUUUGUUCGUGGCGGGGGUGACUCGCAAUCUCGUGCAAGCGUUGAUUCACGUCAAGCAAUUCGAUCUCGCCGACACGGCCUUGCAUGCCCUUGAUAAGUCGUCGCCCCAAGUGUCGUUGCUGAAAGCGACGGUGCUCGUGGGUCGAGGGGGGCAUGACAAGGAAGCGCUGGCUGCGUUGGACCAAGCUGUGAAAGACCUGCCCGCUUCGUUGACGGACAGUGGCGUUGUGCAUGUUCAUUUGACACGGAGUGUGUUGCUGCAUCAGUUGGGCCACGUGGACGCCAGUCGUGAGUCGUUGCAAGCCUUGUUGCUGACACACCCGGGCAAGUCGGACGCGAUCUUGACCGUCAUGUUGACGUUGGGCGGUGCAUCGAUGUGGUGGAGUCCAUCGGAAGCAACGAUGACUCAAGCGUUGUGUGGACCGUUGGUGGCGCUGUAUCAAAAGCUCAACUUGGGUGCAGAAUGCAAGCGCAUUUGCGACUUCUGGACGACUACGUUCCCCAAGGAUCCGAAUGGAUGGCUGGCGUUGGCCCAGUCGAGCUUGCACUUUGGUAAACUCGUAGGUCCCCUCAGUUGCUCACCCACGUCGUCGGUACCAUCGUCCGUGUUGCCCUACGACGCAACCCUGCUCCGAUACCAGAUCGAGUCGGUCGAGCAAUUGUUUGGGUCAUGGCAUGCGUCCGAUGCCGCCGUCCGCAAGUGGCUUCACUUGCACCCGGUGGAUUCAUUGGCCCCUCUUCUCGUGGCCAUGGCGCUUCUGAAGCGCCUCGCCAUCGCGCCAACCGACGAAUCGUUGCUCCAUCAAGCCAAGACGUGGCUGGAGUCGUAUGCCAGCAACGCCACUUCUUCCACUCCGUAUACCACGUGGUUGUGGCAUGUCCUCAACAGCUACUUGUAUGCCGAUAUGGACAACGCCAAGGCAACGUUCCAUGCGGUGGAUGCCACGACACUCGUCACGACGGACUUGUCUGCGCAUGUCCCAGUGCUGCUGUAUCAAGCGCGCAGCGUUGUCUACACGGACCCCGACGCUGCGAUUGCGUUGUACUUGGCUUAUUUGAAGCAAGAAAAAGGUGCCAAGGCCGUCAAAGUCGAACUGGCGGUGCUGUUGGAAGCGCAGGGGUAUAUCAAGAGCGCGUGGCGGCUGUGGAAAGACGUGGACGAUGGCGAAACCAACGAGUGGAAGGGACUCGUCGCGGUGAAACGCGCGUUUUUGCAACGCGAAAACCCCAAGCUGGCGGCCAAGUGCUUGCGGGACUUGGGGCCUUUCAACGUGUCCGAUGCGUUUGUCCAGGCGUUCAAGGCCGAGUUUGAUCUUGCGUAGAUCGGUGGACCCACGACUGGAUAUCCCAUGAAACAGGGAACGAUUACUUACAGUAUCGGGGUACACACGCGUGCUGUAAACUCUACCAAACGACAUGGAAAAUGCAACACAAUCUGUUCCCAGUAUGAUGUGUUGAAAACAACAUUUGGACUGCAUUUAUUGUGGAUCCGUCGAAUCGAAU